AUGUCAACAUUGCUACCCUUCCACAAAAACAUCCUCGAGCAGAUCCAUGAUCCAUCCUCCAGCGAUCUACUCCUGCUCGCACGCGGACUCGGCCUGCGCCGCAUCAUCUGCAAGCUGCUACAAAUAUAUGACUCCCCUAACAAUUUGGUCAUUCUCGUGAAUGCUACUCCCGAAGAGGAGGCUGCUAUAGGAGAGGAAUUAGGUACCAUGGGAUGCAGGAAGCCAGGGCUACGAGUUGUUGGUUUCGAAACCAACAAGAAGGAAAGACAGGACUUGUAUAAGAAGGGCGGUCUGUUCUCAGUAACAUCACAAAUCUUUUCGGUCGACAUGCUGUCGUCCGAUAUACCAACGCACCUCAUCACUGGAAUCCUCAUUCUGCAUGCUGAGAAGGUCGCCCCCGAAGGCAGCGAAGCCUUCAUUGUUCGCCUGUAUCGCGAAAGAAACCAGAACGGAUUUAUUAAAGCAUUUUCUGACCAACCUGAACACAUCACCAGCGGAAUAUGGCCGUUGCGAACCAUCGUCAAGCAGUUGCAGCUUCGUUCGAUUCAUAUUUAUCCAAGGUUCCACGUGGAUGUGAAGGAAUCUCUCGAUUUAAAACGACCAGACCUGGUGGAGCUUCACCAAAGCAUGACUGAAUCGAUGCAAGAAAUACACGUCGCAAUCAUGAUGUGUAUGACGACGACCCUCUCGGAGCUCAAGCGAGCGAACACCUCAUUGGACUUGGACGAUCUGAAUAUCGACAAUGCGUACUUCAGAUCGUUUGACCUGAUUGUGCGUAGGAUUCUCGACACCGUAUGGCACAAAGUCGGACCCAGAACGAAGCAGUUGGUCGGCGAUUUAGCCGUUCUACGGCGGCUCCUCAACUACCUGCUAACGUACGAUGCGCUCGCAUUCCAUGCCUACCUCGAGACCAUUGUUGCUUCAAACACCACUACCGAGUCUGGUGCGGCAAGACAAAACCAAUCCCCGUGGCUCAUGACAGAUGCUGCGCACACGAUCUUUCAAUACGCGAAGCGCCGGUGCUACACUCAGAGCGUAGUGAAGGAGAAGCCGACGGAAGCUCGUGCUCCUGCGACAGUAGACGUUGAUGAAGACGAAGAAGCUUGGGCGGUACUGGAUGAGUUUGAGCAGGGUUCGUCUGCGGCGAAACAGCCUAUAAACGUACCUGAUACGCCACAGCGUCCAAGCUGGCUUCCUGAGGGAAUGACCCCGGUGCUGGAGGAGUUACCCAAGUGGAACCUGCUGGCAGACGUAUUGCAAGAGAUCGAAGAAGAGAUGAUGCGGCUUGACUCUCGUCUAACAUCUCUUUCUCCUGGUACGAAUACUGUUCUAGUCAUGACGUCAUCGUUGCGAACAUGCACAAUUCUGACUGAAUUUUUGUCUACGAUGGAUCCGACUGCGUCUCGCGGUUCGAAGGGGAGAAAGAUGAUGGAGGACAAAUUGCGCUCGUACCUAUGGUGGAAAGGGAAGCUCAGCGAACAGAAACAGGACCCAAAGGCUCAGUUCACGCUCAAAAAGGACCAGCAGGGUAGCGAUAUUGGCCUCAGCGAAGCUCUGAAGCGGAAGGACAAGGAGAAACGAGAGAGAGCUGCGAAUCGCAGACGUGUAAGGGGUGGUGCUCAUACUGCGUCGUCGUCGAGAGAAAAUACUGCAGCACAAGUUGACGCGGAAGUCGAGUUGAUUGGCGAGGUCAGCAUGAAAGAGGAAGCGAACACUAUUGCUAAUUUCCUCGCAACUCAGGGCGUCCAAGCUCCAGAAGGUCAUUUGGCAGAGGAUAUCACUCUCAUUGACUUCGAUAGCGAUUUUGAUGUAAACUAUGGACUAGUGGAGCCGCAGCAAACUGUGCUGGUGCGAGCGUACUCGGAUGACUCAGACGACCAGGUGCUCUCCGAAAUCAAGCCGCGUUUCAUUGUCAUGUUCGAGCCGAACCUCGAAUUCAUACGCCGCAUUGAGAUAUACAGAAACUCGAAUCCUGGCUUGGGUGUCCGGGUCUACUUCAUGAUGUAUCGGCUGAGCUGUGAAGAGGCGAAGUACUUGACUGGAUUACGGAGAGAGAAAGAGUCCUUUGAGCGUCUUAUAAAAGAACGCGCGACUAUGCUCAUGCCGAUUCUGGAAGAACGCAGAGGCACUGCAGCUGCGGAAUCUAUCAUAAGGACAAUCAGCACGAGAUUAGCAGGAGGUCGAAAGGAUGUUACUGCGGAGCCGCCCCGGGUAAUUGUGGAUAUGCGAGAGUUCCGCUCUAGCCUGCCUUCGCUUCUGCAUGCGGCCGAGCUUGUGGUCAUUCCAGUCACACUGACGGUCGGCGAUUACAUCCUAACGCCCGACAUCUGCGUAGAGCGCAAGAGUAUACCAGAUCUAGUAUCAAGUUUCAAUAGUGGGAGAUUAUACACACAAUGCGAGUUAAUGUCUGUACAUUACAAGCAGCCCAUUCUCCUGAUCGAGUUCGAAGAAUAUAAGUCGUUCUCACUCGAGGCUAUCGCAGAGGUGAAAUCCUACGCAAAGGCACCUAACAAAUAUGCGUCCAAAAGUGGGCCUAAAACCAAAGGAGGUGCCAUAUCCGAGAACGAAACAGUCGCAUCAUCCACCAUCCAGUCCAAGAUUGUCCUGCUCACGCUCACCUUUCCGAGAGUGCGUAUCAUCUGGUCAUCUUCGCCAUAUGCGACCGCAGAAGUCUUCAAAGACCUCAAAGCUAACAACCCCGAGCCCGAUCCUGCCAAAGCCAUCGUCAUCGGCGCCGAAGAAGACGGCGACGCGGGGACUGGCGUUAACACCGCUGCAGAGGAGCUCUUGCGGACAUUCCCCGGCAUUACGGCAAAAAACCUCAAGCAUGUGAUGAACAGCGUCUCGAGCGUCCGGGAGCUGUGUGAGCUCGAUUUACCUGCCGUACAAGAGAUUUUAGGUGUUGAACCGGGUAAAGCUUGUUGGGAUUUUAUGCAUCGUGGGGAACGGAAACGUUGA